AGAUAUGUUAGGGAUGAUAUGGUUUUUGUUCUUUACAUUGUUGAAUGUUGCCUCUUCAAAGUUUUAUUUAGUGGAAACAAAAGGAAAGGGAUCUGAACCCCCUUCUCCUGAACCAGUAGGCUAUUCAGUAGCCCCUGGAGAACCUGCAAAGCCAGAACCAGGAAAUGAUUACAGUGAUGAUGGGGAAUCAGAAGAACCUGGAGAGGAUUACAGUGAUAAUGGUGGUGCCGGCUGGGGUCAACCAACUACAACAACCACAACGACAACAACAGCUUGGACCACAACAACAACUACGGAGUGGGUAACCACCACAACAACUCCACCACCUUGUGCAUGGUCUCCAUGGAACACCUGGGUGCCCGGUGGAACUUGUGGCGAGGUAACAGAGAAAAGGAAUAGAGAAUGUAAAGAAGCCGAUGGAGGCCCUUGUGUCAAAGGAGCUCAAUGCUCAGGAGAGCCAAACGAAGAAAAAACAAAAACUUUGGAACCUUGUUGUACCCUGGGUCCAUGGAGUGAAUUCCCUCCUACUCCAAACAAGUGCCAACCCUUCCAAUCAAAGCGUUCAAGAGAAUGCAAGCCUGCAGCUGGAUAUUCAGGCCCUUGUGAUUGUGGACAACCUUUAGAGGAAACAAAAGAUAUUCCAGCUGAAAACUGUUGUGAGUUGAGUCCAUGGAAGGAGGGGCCAUGUUCAGUUACAUGUGGUCCGGGCACAAAAUCAAAAACCCGUGAAUGUAAACCAACUGCAGCUGCUGGAUAUGGUGCUAACUGUAGUCCGGACAAAUGUACUGGACCUACUAGUGAGAAUGGGCAAUGCGAUGGUGGCCCUUGUCCAACUGAAGCACCAAAAUGGGGCAGAAGAAAGUAGACUGUUGGAAAAAUUAACUCGUGAAAACAUAUAUCUUUUAUCAAAAUUAAAUAUACUAUCUUUUAAAUAAAUCUUUAAAAUAUACA